AUGUGGUACCACAGAUUGUCCCACCUACAAAGCAGGCUUCAGGACUUGCUGAAGGGAGGAGUCAUAUAUCCAGCCCUUUCACAGCCCAACUUCAAAAGCUUACUUCCUUUAGCUGUCCAUUGGCACCAUACAGUCUCCAAGUCUCUGACUUGUGCUUGGCAGCAACAUGAAGAUCAUUUUGAGCUGAAAUAUGCUAAUACCGUGAUGCGCUUUGAUUAUGUCUGGCUUCGAGACCACUGCCGCUCAGCAUCGUGCUACAACUCUAAGACUCACCAGCGCAGCCUGGAUACUGCCAGUGUGGAUUUAUGUAUCAAGCCAAAGAACAUUCGUCUGGACGAGACCACACUCUUCUUUACUUGGCCAGAUGGUCAUGUGACUAAAUAUGAUUUGAAUUGGCUGGUGAAAAACAGCUAUGAAGGGCAGAAACAAAAAGUCAUCCAGCCUAGAAUACUAUGGAAUGCUGAAAUCUACCAGCAAGCCCAAGUUCCAUCUGUAGAUUGCCAGAGCUUCUUAGAAACCAACGAGGGACUGAAGAAGUUUCUGCAAAACUUUCUGCUCUAUGGAAUUGCAUUUGUAGAAAAUGUCCCUCCCACUCAAGAGCACACAGAGAAGUUGGCAGAAAGGAUCAGCUUAAUCAGAGAAACCAUUUAUGGGAGGAUGUGGUAUUUCACUUCAGACUUUUCCAGAGGUGACACUGCAUACACCAAGCUAGCUCUGGAUCGGCACACUGACACUACCUAUUUUCAAGAGCCCUGUGGCAUUCAAGUGUUUCAUUGUCUUAAACAUGAAGGAACUGGUGGCAGGACACUGCUAGUAGAUGGAUUCUAUGCAGCAGAACAGGUACUUCAAAAGGCACCUGAGGAAUUUGAACUCCUCAGUAAAGUGCCGUUGAAGCAUGAAUAUAUUGAAGAUGUUGGAGAAUGUCACAACCACAUGAUUGGGGUUGGGCCAGUGUUAAAUAUUUACCCAUGGAAUAAAGAGCUGUAUUUGAUCAGGUAAGUAUCAAAGAACUAUCCCCAAUUGUAAUAUGUUUGCCAAAGGUUAGCCUUCUAAUGUAACAAAAAUCCCUAAGAUUCUUAUAUCUGCUACAUUUUAAUCUUGCUAUUCCAUAGCUUUUUAUUAUCAAACAGUUUGUAUUCUUCUUAUAAUUCCCAUGGAAUAAUAAAUAGCCAUCAACCAAAGAAUACUAGAUUUAUUUU